AUGGUCAUACUAAAAGAAGGAGAGGCUGCGAUCUACACCUGCACCACACCGGGCUACUCGUGGGUCUCCAGGGACAAGGAGAAGCUAUCCCAGUGUUUCGAAGGGAACUGGACUGCGCUAUUGGAUAUGUGUGAUGAAGGACUCAAACAUCUCGUGGAUCUCAACUGGGACAACGAAUCUCCUCGACCCCUCGUGUUUCAUCCGUUCUUCGCUACCUACACCCACGUCCAAAUAGCGCGUCAGGAACCGUGGAACUUCACUUUGGGCUCCCGCUACCACGGCGACGCAGGUGACUCAUUUUCCUCCAACGAAGGAUACAACUUCAGCGUGGAAGACUGGUGGUGGGACGGCGGCAACCUCAAGAGCUUGUUCGACAAAUCGUCCCCACUGUGGAUGGGGGAACGGGCCGAAGAGAUAAAAUUGUAUGUUCGCCCGAGUGACUAUGACAGAGAGAGGUCUUGCCCGGCGCUGAUGGGCAUAGACUUUGACCCGGUCUCGCACAACACGGAGGUCAUCAUGCCUGUGUCAAGGGCUCCGGGAAACACUGUAGAGUUUAACUGUACUAAGGAAAUGUGGACAACAAGGGGAGGAAUUGAGAGUGCUAGCAACAUUGCCACCACGACGACGGUGAUGCAAGAGCCAAGACGCACCUCAGCCGUUGUGGAAUGUCUUGCUAAUGCUACUGGAAUGAUGCCUGAUUGGAAUGAUACACUAGAGCUGCCCUGUGUGUUUACCUGCCCGGAGAACUACAAUGAGACGGACAACGGAGAACACUGUCUUCGAUUCCACCAUUCCGGCGCUCACUUUGGCAUUACAUCAGCAGCCCUCGAGUGUCACAAGGACGGAGCUUCCCUCACACCGAUAGACAGACUGGCCAACAUCUCCCUCUUCGAACCUGACGUCUACUACUACACCGCCACCGUGACAUCCGACUAUGGCGGCAUUGCAUAUCAGCCUAACUACAUUACGGGCAUGCUUGACUGUAUGGGCGACGGCGCUGCGUUGGCCUUCCCUCAGACUGUGGGCACUCUGGACUUUAUUGCGAGGCUUGUUAGGAAACAUCAAACUAAUAAACUUUUAACGGGAGCGACGCUAAACAGAGACAACGACUGGACGGGCGGGGGCGUGUACAAUCCUUCGCCAGAGUUGGUGCAGCUGGCUGGGCAAGACGAGGAAAGGUACCACCGCCUCCUGAGGGUGCCACAGGAGCGUGAUGGGAACCUUGCACUAGAGCAGAUGGACUGGCAAAUUACGAACACGUCUGUGGAGUAUGUGGCGUGUCAGCUGUACGGCCUGGCAGCCUGUACAGAAGACCCAUCCUCAGCCCCAGACAACGCCACCUUAAUGCAUCCAGUUCUGAACCAUCGCUACGGUACCAUUAUUAACUACAGCUGCUACCCUGGUUACUUUGUGCUGGGGGACAUGUCAUGGUCUGAGCAGUGGGCCAAGUGCUCUGGAGAAAUGGGUGGCUGGGAGUAUUCCUACAACAAUGAGGAAAAAUCUUUCUUUGACUGCUCCCCAGUAGAAGUAUGCAAUGAGAUCACCAUUUUGGACAUUGUUGGCCCUUGCCCCAACGUCACCUACUCUACUGACCACCAGUACCUCAACGGCUCAAUCACCAUCAUCUGCCCAGCUGACGUCACCACCACCUUUGGUAAUGACACACAGAUUACCACCUGCUCUUUCCAGAAUGGCACGUAUGGCUAUUACCCCCAAGUCAUUCCCUGCGAUGUUUGUGACAGCCAACCUAUGUACAAAGGACACAACAUCAGCUGGAAUGAGAACCAGACUUAUGUGGUCGGAGACCGAGUGAAUGCCACCUGUUUGGAGAACUACCGGGGAGCACAGGGCCAGGAGGAGCUGCAGAUGGUGUGCUCAGGGAAUGGCUGGCACAAGACAAGCUAUUGCCACCCUGCCUGCCCGGACCCAGUAGAGCCCGGCGCUAGCAUCACCCUGGACAACCCCCAAAAUGUCUCGUUUGUCGGCGACACUGUCACCUACACCUGCUCCCCCGGCACAGUCUUGCCUCAGACGUUCCCCGAGGUGAAGAGCGAAAGAGUAAUGACAUGUAAGGAAUUUGGCCGCUGGGCACGAUGGCUGAAAAAUCCUUACUGCGCUAAAUUGUGCAUGACAGACCCGCCAUCUAAUCCACAUCCAUUUGAGGUCCCCUUUGCUGCCCCUGUCAUCUCCAACUGGGACAGUUACACCAGGGAAGUUGGAACAGAGGUUGAGCUGGAGUGCACAGAUGGCCGACUGCUUCCCUCUCUGCAGUCCAGCAUGACAAUUGAGUGUGGUGAGGAUGAGACAUGGACAGAAGUGGAUAUUAACUCUCUCAUCUGCAGGCGAGUGGCACAAGAGGAACCCCCACAACCCCCUGGCAGUGAGAUAGAGAGCUCCACACCUGACAACUACUGGGAGGGGGAUGUGGUAAGCUAUAGCUGCCCUCCUGAUCAAAUGUCCCUCACUGGCAACACCACCACCACUGCUUACUUUAAUGGCUCCCACUGGCUGCUGGAUGACCCGGGCUUCAGCUGCCAUAACGUGUGCAAGAGUGAUCCCCCAAUACCCCAGACACCCGGCACAUAUGACUGGAAUGGCUGGAGCAGGGUUGUCGACACACAGGUGGAGUUGGCAUGUCCUGAUGACAAACUGUUUGCCAACCUCAACACCUCCAUCAACAUCACCUGUGAGCCUGACACCCUCAGCUGGACUUUUGUACACCCAGAAAUCCUACGUUGCAGAAUAUUGGCACCAGACAGACCUCCACAACUCAAUGGGAGUGAAGUAGUGGGCCCCAUCCCUAACAACUACUGGGAGGGUGACGUGGUGAACUACCGCUGCCCUCCUAACCAAAUGUCCCUCACCGGCACCACCAACACCACCGCUCACUUCAAUGGUUCCCACUGGCUGCUGGAUGACCCGGGCUUCAGCUGCCAUAACGUAUGUUGGAGUGACCCUCCUACACCUCGGCCACCUGGCAACCACACUUGGGAUGGCUGGACUAGAUUUGUUGACACACAGGUGGAGCUGACCUGUCCUGAUAACUACCUGUUUGCCAACUUCAACAUCUCUAUCAACAUCACCUGUGAGCCUGAUACCCUCAAUUGGACCUUUAUGGACCCAGACACCCUCCGCUGCAGAAUGUGGACAUUUACGCCUCCCCCAUUACUUCCGCAAAAUGUGCUGGAGGACACACCAAAUGCCUAUUACUGGGAGGGGGACGAGGUGCACUUCAGCUGCCUCCCAGACCAUCUGUCUCUCUCUGGCACCAACACCACCACUGCUCACUUCAAUGGCACCCAAUGGCUACUGCAGGACCCUGACUUUAGCUGCUAUCCCACGUGUAUCAGUCCACCACCAGAGCCAGGGAAGCACAUGGACCAGCAAUAUGAUGGGGGGAAUGAAUGGGGGGCUGUGGUCACCUACACCUGCUCCACACAGUUCAGUGAUGGCAACACAACCAUUAAUGUCACCUGUCAUGAAGGGAACUGGACCCUCAAUAUGCUGCCAACUUGUGAAGGUAAGUGUUGCAACCUACUAGACCUUUGUACCUCUUUCUACCUAAACUUCAUGUCUAAGCCAGUUUAGGUCUUUAGUACUAUAAGUUAUUAAGGUUUUCAAACCUGUUGCAAGCCUCAGGACCUUUGUACCUCUGUCUAUCUAAGCUCCAUAUCUAAGCUAGUUCUAAGUAUCAAGUGAAAGUUAUCAGGGUUUAUAAAGAUGCUAUAAGUUUCCUUUAGACAUUUCUAUCUAUCUAUCUUAGCUCCACACUCUCAAAUAUUUACCGUGAUAUUUAAGCUAGUUUUAAUUCCUUCGUGAGAGUUAUUAGGGUUUUUCAAAGGUGUUGUAAGUCACCUUUGACUCUUUCUAUCUGUUUAUCUAUCUUACUUUUAAAUAAUUUGUGUCAUAUCUGAGCUAAUUGGGAGUCUAUAUUGUAAGUUAUUUGAUUUUUUUAAGGGUGUCUACCUCUAUUCACCUGUCCAUACUCUCAAACCUUUACAAAAAUCAUUAAUUUUAAGCUAACACUCAUUAUAAAUACAAAUACAGAGGCAGUAAAUUAUUUUUGUUUUAAUAUCUGAUUCCCUUAACCAUAUCAUAGGGUUCAAGAGAUUUGUUACUUUUAACUUUAUACAAUCCAGUAUUUUAAUAUCAUAAUGUUCUAAUUCCAGAUGGAGCCAAGCUGAAAAAAAAACCUAUUAUCACAUUUUUAUAAAUUUCUGUAUUCUUUCUUUUCCAGAAUGAAAUAACAAAUAUAAGAGCUUUUGUAAUUUUCAGACAAUAUCACUGCAUUCAAUAGGCUUUGCACUCUAAAGAAUCAUGAAUAUACAAAUUAAUACUUUGAACUUCAUGAAAAAAAAAAAAAAAAUCAAUUUAAUCAUUUCACUUUUCAUCAAAACAAAUCAAGUGCAAUAACUUAAUACAUGCGUAUUUUUGAGAUAUUUAAUGAACACUUCCUAGAUUUUGCAGGUGUGCAGUCCAGCAGUAAAAUAUAUUCAUGCACUAUGUAUAUACUCAAUGCAUAUUUCCUUCACUCCUUACUCUAUAUUUCUAUUAAUCAUCUUCUCAUU